AUGCGGUGCUUCAUAUCGAUAUCCGACUCAGAUUCGGCAGCGAGCUUCCCAAGUCUAGCGCACUGGCAUGCAUAUAGCUUUGCCGCUACUGUCCCACUGUUCCUGAAGCUCGCAUACUUGAAUAUUCUCAUGGCGCUUUCUGGCUUUGGCCGCCCGCCACCACUCAAACUGUACAAGCCGCCGCCGACGCGGAGCAUCCCGGGGCUAUUCAACCCAUACGAUGACAGCUCCGUCUCGAUCACGCAGUGGUUAGAGAUGCUGCAGACCGUGGGUCGGAUCUACUACAAUCGUAACCCUGGGCCGAAGUUGGCGCUCAACAAGCCCGACGAGUGGCUGCACAACUUGCAGCACUGUUUUGUCACGCGUGUCGGGCACAUGGUGCAGGAGCCAACCGACCGUUAUGAGGAGGACGUGGUGCUAGACUUCCACUACUGCGAUGGGACAACCGCCGGGAAAGUCAAGCCAAACGACAAGCGCACGGCGAUUCUUCAAGUUUGGCCCGACCAAUUCCAAAUGGACUGGAUUUCCUUGUUUGAUACCGAAGUCAGAGUGAUGAUCUCUGCAGUCCUGCCAAGCGGCUGCUCCUGGAGCUCGCGGCCCGUCGACACCCGCAUGUCUCGGCUGCAGGCCCUCAACCCAUUCCGUUCAAACACCGAGGGUAUGUGCUGGACCGUGCGCUCUAUGCAGAAUGGGCUCGCGUCAGCAUCGGACCGACAUCCCCCACAUAUGCACGUGACGAUGCUCGACUGUGCUGUGCUUGCCGUGACGAUUCAGGACCUGGCCGCGGCGAGCGGCAUCAAGCGUCUCAAGCACAUGAACGUCUGGUUUGCGACCACGUUUUACUUGGCAUUCCGGGCGCUCUGUGCCGACCGCGGCGUCGCCGUGCCUCUGCCGUCGGAAGCAGAGGCACGUGACCAUGCGGAGCGCCUCGGGCGCUUCCGCGGCAUCCGGCUCGUUGACCCGGCGACAGGCAGCCUUUUUUUCGGCGCCGACGAGGCUGAGUUCGCCGAGAUAUGCCAGCCGCCCGAAAAUAAUAAGGGGACGCCGGAACGGCUCGCAGAAUACCAAUCUCGCUACACUCAGAUGAAGACUGCGCAGCCCCUCAUGCCGGAUGACCAGAUUGCCCAGAUACUCGCGUUGUUCAAGGAGAAGCUGGUGGGUGUGGAGAAUGCGAUCGUUCGUGGCAUGGUUGAUUCUCACAGACUGAGUAGACCGUAG